CACCAACGUUCAACAAAUUACUGUAAUGCCCAUGGGCGGGCGCCCGGCCGGUAAUGCCAAUGCUGUUACUACGCGCGCCACGGAUCCGGAUAGCACCAAAGAUACUAAAGACACACUAGGCCUAGCCAAAUACAAAUUGCAGGGCCUGUGAGUAAUUUAUCAACUGCCUUCUCAGAGUACUGUACAACGUCAACCAUGUCGAGUCAAGUUCAUUUUGCAGUCUUGGAUUCUGCCAUGUCUCAGCUGCAUAAAACAAUAGACAUGAUUCCUAAUGGAAUGAAAGAUACUGUAGAAGUAGCUUUAGACCUUGCAGAAUAUGAUGGUAAAACAGAACAAAUAAAGGAGAUGGAAAACACAAUGCUUGAAAUGAUAGCCUUAGAACGAAACCUAGAGUACUUCAAACUGGCAGUCCGUAAAGUUAGUUGCCAGGUACCCAGUAAUAUUGGUAGUGGCUGUACAGAAAAGGACCUUAUUAAAACUUUACAGCAAUUUAUAAAUGAAUUAGAGGUAGAGGGAGAAAAGACACCACUAGAAAAUCAUGAGAAGUACCAAGAAAUGAAAAAGCAAUUAUGGCAGGUACAACAUCCAGAUUUAGCAUUUCCAACUCAGGCACAAACUGAACUCGGAGAGGAUGAGGAGUUUGUGAUGACUCAAGCAGAGGUUAGCCUUAAAUGCCCCAUUACACAGCGGGAGAUGACAGACCCAGUGAAGAAUAAACAUUGUGGACACAGCUAUGAAAAGUCUGCUGUUAACACUUACAUGAAGUCCAGGAAAAAAGUUAUGUGUCCUGUUUGUGGUUGCGGCAACCAGAAUCCUCUACAAAAGGCUGACUUACAGGAUGAUAAGGAAAUUAGGCAGAUAAUACAAAGGAAAAACCGUCAGGCUGGAAAGAGGACAGCAUUGCAACCACUUGAAACAUUAGUUGCGUAGUUUAAAUUGAGAAGGAAAUAACUCGAUAACAAAUCUCCAAAAUUCAUGACAUAUGAAUAGCUGUUUCGGAUGAGGAAUUUGAAGUAGAGGGGCCCCAGGGAUUGACUGUUACAGACAGAGGGUGUAGACCACCUCAGGGGCUGAGGUAGGAACAUUAUUAUUAUGGCACCUGUAGAUGGCUGAAGUAGCACUGUCACGCCUAAAUUUAUUUAUAAUUUUCCUUUUUCUCCAUUUUUUUAAAGAAUUUUGAAAAAUUUAGGGGGAGGGGACCCGCCACUGAAUAGGCUUGUAAAAUGAUAUAAAUUGUUGGCAUAUUUGAAUUUUCUUUAUACAGUAUUAUUCAAACUAGUAUUUUUUCAAUUGUUCUUUGUAGACCCAUGAUAACAAAUAGUAGACCACAUUUGUUGCACAUUUGUCUUCCCUAUCAGACAAUCUUAUAUUUUAAUAGAUAAAUUUGAUUAUGUUGAGUUUUAUUUGUUGAUGUACAUGGAUGCACCACACAAUUAUAUUUUGGUAUCCAUGAAUGUAAAUACAUUGGAAAUGAAAAAUACAUUAUUAAAAAAUAAAACUUUUUUAAAGCAAUUUCAUCAUGUUUCAUCACCUUGUUUAGUGAACCCGCCGCAUGCUAAUAAUGAUGAUUUGGAAUAAAAAAUUUUAUUUUUG